GAUAUGUGGUCUUCUGUUUGGGUUUUCAUUGUACAACAAGGCAAUAGUUCCAUUACCGUUUCCACAACUCCUCUACGCCAAGCUUCUAGGAAAGGGCCCUAACAGUGAUAUGGAGGAAGCAGCAGAGCUCGACAAGGAGUUCACAGAUCAGAUGUCCAAAUUACGUACUGGAACAGAAGAUGACGUGAUUGGGAGUUGCUAUGGCGAUGAGGUUAAACUGGAGGAUGGGAGGAGCGUAGAGGUUACGACAGAAAAUGUUGAUCUCUACGUGGACAACAUGGUUCGAGAGUACCUGGUUCCGUCACAGUUUGCAGCCUUCCAGCAAGGAUUCAACAGAGUCUUCAAUCCCGCCGCCUUUGCUUUGUUCAGACCUAUCGAGUUGGAGGCGCUUGUCAUGGGAGAAAAACACUUCGAUUGGAAAGCUCUUGAACAGUCGACCCAGUAUAUACAGCCAUAUACAGACUCACACCCAACAAUCAAGAUGUUCUGGAAGGUACUUCACGCUCUAGACAAUGACAUGAAAAGAAAAUUUCUCGUUUUUGUCGCGGGGUCUGAUCGCAUCCCGGUCGGUGGACUACGAAACCUAGGUCUCCACAUUGACCACCUCCAUGUACCCAUGGACGAUUUCGUGGACGAGCAACCGUACGACACCGAAGACAGACUCACCCGACUGUUGCCAGUUGGCCAUGGCUGCGAUAACCAUGGCUACCGCCGUACCUUGCGGCUGCCCAUGUAUACCAGCGUUGAACUCAUGGAAGAUCGUUUGACCGUCGCCCUGUCCUAUUACGACUGCCCAUUUCAUAUCGCUUAG